UUCCCCUCUCUCUUGCUCUCUGUUUCUCUUUUUUCUCUUUUCUCUUUCCCCCCCUCCAGGCAUGCGGAUCCUGGUGAACUUACUCCUGGACACCCUGCCAAUGCUGGGGAAUGUUCUGCUUCUCUGCUUCUUUGUCUUCUUCAUCUUUGGCAUCAUUGGAGUGCAAUUGUGGGCUGGUCUGCUCCGGAACCGCUGUUUCAUGGAGGAAAACUUCACAAUACAAGGCGACAUUGUCUUACCCCCAUAUUACCAACCCGAGGAGGAUGACGAGAUGCCCUUCAUCUGCUCACUGUCAGGAGACAAUGGCAUCAUGGGGUGUCAUGAGAUCCCACCACUGAAGGAGAGGGGCCACGAGUGCUGUUUGGACAAAGAUGACUACUAUUACUACAACUCUGUCCGGCAGGAGUUCAACGUCAGUGGCAUGUGCGUCAACUGGAACCAGUACUACAAUGUUUGCCGCACAGGCAAUACCAACCCACACAAAGGCGCCAUCAAUUUUGACAAUAUUGGCUAUGCCUGGAUUGUUAUAUUUCAGGUGAGAUAA